CCAAAGAGGGCGGAGGCGACGCCGGGCAGAGUAACCGCAGUCCACCCCAAAAGGAGAGCACGAAGAAGACGAACAGAACGACGACGACGAAGAAGAAGAAGAAGAAGAAGAAGAGUGCGGUCCCGGAAUCGGCGGCGCUCACAUCUCGGAACUUGGGCCAAGACAUGUUGGUUUAUAUCCUCGGCCUGGCGGCUGUGUGGUUCUUGUAUCGGUGGUGCAAGGAAACCCUCAGAGUGCCCCACCAGUCAGAGAGACACGUCUACAUCACGGGCUGUGACUCGGGGUUCGGUCGUCUCCUGGCCACACACCUGGACAAGCUGGGUUUCUGUGUGAUCGCAGGCUGUUAUACCGAGAAAGGAGAGGAUGAGCUGAAGAAGAUCUCCUCUGACAGACUGACAGCCAUCCACCUGGAUGUCACCGACUCUCAAAGUGUCAGCAAAGUAGCAUCCGUCAUCAAGACUUUAGUUGGAGAGAAGGGUCUGUGGGCUGUUGUCAACAAUGCUGGAAUCGCUUUGCCUUCUGCUCCCACCGACUGGCUCACCAUAGAGGACUACAAGGCUAUGUUAGCAGUCAAUCUGCACGGUGUAAUUGAUGUCACCUUAAGUGUAGUGCCUUUAAUCAAGAAAGCCAAAGGCAGGGUAGUGAAUGUUGCCAGUGUGUUCGGGCGAAUCAGCCCAGUUGGUGGGCCCUACUGUGUCUCCAAGUAUGGAGUGGAAGCCUUCAAUGACAGCCUACGGAUUAACAUGGCGCCAUUUGGAGUCAAAGUCCUAUGCAUUGAACCUGGAUUCUUCAAAACAAAUAUCUCUGACGUUUCACUCUUAAAAAAAAAUCUUGAAGCACUUUGGGCUAGAUUACCUCAGGAUGUGAAAGAUGACUAUGGACACGGUUUCUUGAAUCUAAUGUUUGAAAAGAUGGAGGAAUCGUUUGCCCGCUUGCUAGAUGGCGACAUAAUGAAGGUGGUCAGCUGUAUGGAGCACGCCGUCUCUGCUGUCUACCCCCGCACUCGCUACUCUCCUGGAUGGGACGCCAAGCUCCUCUGGUUACCCUUGUCCUAUAUGCCAACCUGCAUCUCAGACAGACUUUUUAUAAAGAAUAUGGUCAAGCCAAAAGCAUCUGUGCUCUAGUUGUUACCCUACCAAUUCAUUUUCAAGGUAAAGUCAUGACUAGAUGCAGUGAUCUGUUACAUUUUACUAUCGACAGUAACAAAUAAAUGAUUUAAAAAAAAACUCCUUUUGGUUCUCUUGUGCAUUUAACAAGACUAACACCUUUACAUUUGCCCUUGCAUGCAUAUGAGUCUCUAUGUGCACUUUGGUUUAAUAGCUGAGUUAUGACCUGUGUUUGUUAAUUUAUAGGGAAGUUUGUGUGGUUGUGCAACUGGCUGUAAUAUCAUUGACUUGUGUUUUUGCCCUCUGCCACAGUUUCACAAUUCUUAGGUUAACGUGACAUCGUAACGACCAUUUGUCAUAAAAACUAACAGCCAUUAUUUCUCCAUGACCAUCUUUGACAGUAAUAUUAUUUUCAUAAUGCUCCUCGAGCCUGCUGUUAAGAUUCCUCCAGUUCUCUUUGUUUGUGUGAAGCGUAAGCAUUUAAAAUCUAUGUUGUGCAAUUAUUAGCCUGAAGAUUGAUAGCGGAGAAUUAUCAGUUUCCAGUGGCUUUUGGGUAAAAGGUAUCAGAGCUAAUGGUCAUAAGACAUUGUAGUUAACUGCGCAAUCAUGUUUAGCAAAUCUUUAUCUAUGCUGUUGAUGCACACAAGGGACCUUUGACACUACAACCAAGUCCCGUCAGCCAACACUUGGAAUAUGCAGGAUCUCUUCACUGCCUCUAUACAUUAAUGUAUGCAGUUAUCUACAUAAAUAUUAUUUUUCCUUUUUGACGCAAAGGACACAUCCUCCUCUUUGAGUACUGUAGCCAUGGUAUGUCUGGUUAACUUUUCAGAUAUUUGGACAACAAACUUAAAGUCACUUUACUAUAACUGAUGUUUAAAAUUAUGCAGCCUGAUCUGAUUAUGUGAAUGAGCAUUUUGCAUUUUUGAAGUGUCUUUUCUGUUACUAUGUUACUCUCACUUGUGCUUAUUUUCAUAGAGGAUGAAAAUAAGGAACAACAGGACUAAUUUUGUGAUUUAUUUCCAAAACUUUCUGCACACAUUUUUCUUAGGUGUGCCGCUGUGCCAUCUGGUGGCCAGCUUAUCAUUUUUAAGAGAAGAAUCAUAAGAAUAUUAAAUUUGCCUUGCAAGGUUUUAUAUUCCAGAAAUGUGGUGGGUUGCUCACAUGGGAGACUUAAGACAUAACAGAGAUACAUGCAUGGAUCUUGGUUGACUUGUAAAAGAAAAUUUUGCAUAUAUACUGUACAUAUAAGCGUGGGUAUAAACACAUCCUGCUCAUAUCGACAACUAAAUGUAUUUCUUCAGCUCAGUUUAGUGCUUCACCGUCCCACAUGGGAAAUUUGUCUUGCAGCAUGACAUAAUAAUGCACACAACAAGCUCAAAUGACAAAACAUAAAUAACAACCGAUAAAACAAAAUAAGUAAAACACCAAAAACAACAGUUAUGGAGCAAGACUGAACAGACCGAUACAGGUUUCACGUGAAAUUCCAUUACAUUAAUUCCAUU